CUGGUCAGGCGCGUGAGGAACUCGGCUGAUGGGCUGAUCCCCCGAAGACCGUGUAUCUGUCGAUCGUUCAUAAAUUCAGGGAAAUUUUACCAAAAAAAUAUCAGAAAAUGAGGAGCCCACAGUUUUUCAUAACCUGGGUGUUUGUGUUCUCUAUAAGUGCACCGAUUUUGUCGACUCUCGGUGGUGAUGCAGUGCCUGUACUCAUUUGGGGUGGAGAUGCUCCUGCAUCAGACUUGAGUCCAGUGAAUCCAUUUCGUAAUACUUCACAGGAAGAUUUUGAGAAAAUUGUUACCAGAAAAGUGGGUGAUGCUCAUGCUCCCGCACCUGUUCUCGUUUUCAUGAGGGAUAAUUUAUGUGUCGAGGACUUUGUGCAGCACAAAAAGGAUCUAAUGCAGCUGAAGAAGGGAGGUUCCCUGCAGUACAUCCCAGCAGUUCAAUCCCCUCUGUCAGUCUUCGAGAACCUCGCCUCGUACAAUAAAUCUGUCGAGGAAGAAUUCGACACCGUUUCUGAUGGACAAUUGAUCAUCACGAAAGCCACUGACCUCGACUCGGUCUUCGAGACCUUCAACAUGAUCAAAGAGUCGAGCCCGAACCUGAUCGCAGCUCUGACAGGACGUUCCUGCAGUUACAGUCGAUCUGACCGUGUCAGGAGGGCUGUUGAGGUUAAGAGUGGCAAUGAAACUGAGUUCAUCAUCGCGAGGAAUGAGUCUAGACUGCUGGCACGCGCCGAUGAGGCCUUAUUUCGAAAGGGCGAAGAUGAAAAGGUAAUUACCCUGAGUCGUCCCACAACAGUAGAAACGACUGGGAACAACUCCAAGGGAGAGCCAGUCCUCAUAAACGCAAUUUUCCAAGACGAAUCGGUGCAAACAAAUCUGAUAUUCCAAUUGAACGAGAAAGUCGCUGGUUACUGGUAUAUGACUAAAAUCGAAUAUGUCCAUGAGAACAAGUCGACCACUAUCUUGCAAUCCAAAACCGAAAUGGUCUUCCCCAAGGGAUUCUCCUUCCACUGCAGCCCCACAAUUCACUUUAUCAACAAAACCGAGAAGAUGUCCCUGAAUUUCACAAAUCUACAAAUUCAAAUGGACGUCAGUAAUUUCACCGAAGACUCAUACGACUGCGUUGGAUUCACCUCAAUCCCCAUCUGGUCAGGAAUAUUCGUGACCUUCAUCCUGGCUAUGAUAAUGAUCUGGGGAAUAUCCAUGAUCCUGGACAUUCGCACCAUGGAUAGAUUCGAUGAUUCAAAGGGCAAGACCAUUACUGUAUCAGCCCAAGAGUGAGGUAGUUUAUUUAACGACUAAACUUGUUCAUAAAGAAUAUAUAAUUUUCAUGUAAAUAUACACAUAAGUCUUGUAUAUUUCGAGGCAUGUUGAUUGUUCUCAGUAUUUAUCAUAAAAAAACAAUACUUACAGUUAGUCAUUCCUUCGGUGUGAUUUUUAUUUAAGGAUGAAUAUUACACGAAAGAUAUUUCAAUGAAAAGUCGAGUAAAUUCGAGGGAAAAUUCUAUUGACAUUUUAUUCGAAAAUUAUGAAACGCUGUGCACAUCUUCAUUGCAUUAUUUUUAAUAGGAUUUUCUCAUUUUUCUACUUUACUUUUCUUCUCUACUGGAAACAAAAAAUUUAAAAAUUAAAGAAAAUAUUUUACAAUUUUUAUUACGAAAUCGAAUUUUCAAGCGAAUUUGCAAGAUGUGGAAAACGAACGCACAUUCAUUCCAUUUUGAGUUUUUUUUUCUCGAAAUUUAAGGUUUUCCUUUCGCUCAACGUAUCCACGAGAGCUGUAAUACUUAUGCCCGAUGGAGUAAUUGUCAGUUGUAAACAGGUUAAGAGAUAGGUGAAGAGUCGUACGUAACUUUAAGUGUAUUACAAAUCGACGAGAGAAUUACAAUAUUAAUUAGGAUUGAGAUGCGCCUCGUCUGUCUGGUAACUAGGAAUUUCAUCACGAUUAUGGAGAGAUGUCAUUGAAAAUAAACGUGUUACUGAAAUUAA